AUGAGCGGUAUAGGAGCUGCUUUGCUGGCCUAUUUGUUGUUCAAAGAAAGCUUGUGGCUGAAACGGUACAGCGGGCAGGAAGAAUGGGUUGCCGCACGCUUUUUUUUUCUGCCGGUAGAUCGCCGGCAACGAUCUUGGUGCUACUACUUGGGUGCGGGCACUAGUGACUUGUUCCGGGCGUGUUAG